GAAAAUUACAUUCCCAGACACAACCUAAUUACUCUCUUGCUUGUCCAGAGCAGCUCUUCCAGGAGUAGGACGAAAAACCCAUACUAAUUAUUUAAGAACAGUUCUAUCCAUUUCAGAGCAGCUCGUCACUGCAAUCUCCAUUUCAACCUACAUACCACGCGGACUACGGAUACCUCCAUGAAAAAUUCUCCGUAGCCCAAUUCUCAAUACCCCAACUUCCCCUUUCGUCUCUCGGGUUUACAGCGCAUUACGCCAUUACAGGGUUUCUGCAACGUCCUGUUACGUCCAUGGCGUCUCACACGAUCUCGGCACUCUCGGCGUCACCAUCGGCCUCUUCACCAUCCUGUUGCAGAAAAGCCUACGACCCCUCUCUGCGUCUUCAAUUCCCGCUCAAACCCAACUAUCUGUUGAGCUCUUUGUUAGGGCUUAAGCUCUCGAUUCUGCCCUCGGGCGGCUCACGGCGUUUUGCCUCGAAGACUCGUCACCCCACGGUCGCUACCGUCUUGCUUAGCCUUCCCACCGCGAAACCGGAUCGGGCUGCUUCUGAGAAAAUCCCUAAAUGGUCGGCGAGGGCCAUAAAGUCGUUCGCUUUGGCAGAGCUGGAAGCAAGGAAGCUGAAGUACCCAAAUACUGGAACCGAGGCUCUUCUAAUGGGGAUAUUGAUCGAGGGUACAAGUGAAGCUGCAAAAUUUUUGAGGGCUAAUGGAAUCACACUUUUCAAGGUGCGAGAAGAAACCAUAAAGUUACUUGGAAAAUCUGACUUGUAUUUCUUCAGUCCCGAGCAUCCCCCAUUGACUGAACCAGCCCAGAGGGCUCUUGAUUGGGCUGUUGAUGAGAAAUUGAAAUCCGGUGAAAGUGGGGAAAUAACCACUAUACAUUUGCUUCUUGGGAUAUGGUCAGAAGAUGAAUCUGCUGGCUACAAGAUAAUGGCUGCUUUUGGAUUUGACGAUGAGAAAGCUAAAGAGCUUGCAAAAUACGUGAGUUCCAAGCUUAUAUUACCUACUGACUGUCCUUACUGCUAUAGCUAAUGCCUUUCUUAAUCUCUCUAGAUUAACAAGGAGGUUUCGCCAUGAAGAGAGAAUUUAAAGUUUUUCUCGGAAUGCUAGUUGCAUCUUGUUCUGAAACACUAUCUGGAUGGCUUCCAAGGCUUGCCACUUCAUUCAUGUUGGAGCAAGAUAAUUGCCGAGGGAUUUGUUUUGCAGCAGGUAGGUUGGAGUGUACAAACGAAUGCUUCUUGACCCAGCUAUUGGCACAGUAAAAUUGUAUUUCUUUUACAAGGCAUUACAUGGAAUUAAAAUUUCCAAGUCGGUCUCAUCUAUGUAAUGUAUUUUCUUACGAUUUGUUUUUCUUCUCUCUCCAUAUUUUUAUACACCUUAGUGUUCAACACUGUUCAAAUAUUGCUUUGAUCCAUGUUAAUUUUGGAUACAAAGACCACUGAUGUCACUGAAAAGUUUUUGGAAAUUGUGAAAAUGCCUGUGAUUGGGAGAAAA